AUGCAGAGCCUGUGGAUCCGGGUCUUUGUGCCUCCGGCGUCCUCCCCCGAGCUGCUCGUGCCAUCCGAAACGCGGCUCCUGCUCGGAGGACUUGGAAUUCCGGCAGUUUUCGGCUCAGCCGGGUGUCGGGAGCGGUUCGGCGUCGGGUACGUGCGGCACAACAGCUCCUGCCGCUCCCUCUGCGACCUCGUGCCCAGCUACUGCCACAACGGCGGCCAGUGCUACCUGGUGGAGAGCCACGGGGCCUUCUGCCGGUGCAACACGCAGGACUACACGUGGCACAAGGGCACGCGCUGCGAGUCCAUCGUCACCGACUUCCAGGUGAUGUGCGUGGCCGUGGGCUCGGCCGCGCUCGUGGUGCUGCUGCUCUUCAUGCUCACCGUGUUCUUCGCCAAGAAGCUCUACCUGCUCAAGACGGAGAACAGCAAACUGCGCAAGACCAAAUACCGCACCCCGUCCGAGCUGCACAACGACAACUUCUCCCUGUCCACCAUCGCCGAGGGCUCCCACCCAAACGAUGAUCCCAGCGCUCCCCACAAGCUGCAGGACUCGCUGAAAUCCUGCCUGAAGGACGAGGAGCCCUUUAACAUCCACAACUCGACGUCGCCCAAGCACGACGGUGGCAAAGGGGAGCAGGACGGGGGGGAGCUCAACUGCCUCCAGAACAACCUGACGUGAGGGCGAGGAGGAGGAGGAGGAGGAGGAGGGAGGGGAGAGGAGCCAGGCUCCCACCCUGCACCCCCAGCCCUGUCCUCCCGCUGUCUCUUUUCCCGUGGCAUGCUUUGGUGUGUUUUGUACAGAGGAAAACGAAAAUCCCGGUACUAAUUCGGCCGUGUCGUGGGGGUGUUUGCUCCGUGCUCCGUGUUUCUCGCUUGGGUUCGUUCCGCGCUGUGAUUUCUAAACCUUUGCCGUCCCCGCAACUGACUUUUUUUGUACUUUUGCCCCACUUUUUUUGAAAUACAGGUAAAAACGACAAAAAAAGGGAAAAA